CCCAAUUGAAGACGGCUUUAGAAGAGACGCGGACUCGUCUAUAUACGUUUAUUUUCGGGGGGGGGGCGAAAAGUGUAUUAUUUUUGUGUAAGGGAAUAUUUUUGGCUUCCGGAACGCUUGAUGUCACCUUGACUCCUAGCACGGAGUGCAUUUCACUGUUCAGCAUCUACGGCCAUUGAGCUAACCGAAGCUGAAUGACUUGCGCUAGUUACAAUAAAUCGGAUCUAUCUGUCCGAUUUAUUAAGGGACCUGCAGUCAUUUUUCCCAUGUGACAUUUAACGUAACAUUUGUAAAAGGAUUUUUUUUACUUCAUUUUUAAUUCGAAUCUUAUAAUGGGAGUUGUUCUGCGGAAUCUCCAGAAGGUGGUGCCUCUCCGACGCGCUAGACUCCGCAAGGAUGUUAACACGUUGAGACACAUUUUGGGCAUCCAGAAAUUUGACUUGGGUAUCAUUUGUGUGGAUAACCGCAGGAUUCAACAAAUCAACAACACAUACAGGAAAAAGAAUGCGCCAACGGAUGUCCUCUCGUUUCCGUUCUACGAGGAUCUGCGACCCGGUAAACUGCCCUGUAACCUUCACAGAGACGAUCUGAACCUCGGUGACAUUUUCUUGGGGGUCGAGUUCCUGAUGGAGCAGUGUCAGGAUGAUUCCCUGGAUCUACAUGGAGUUCUUACAGUUGUCACUACUCAUGGCAUCUGUCAUCUGCUAGGCUAUCGACAUGAAACAGAGGAGGAAUGGACAGAGAUGCUACAGAAAGAAAGUUACAUCCUAAGCGAGUACAACAGACUUACAGGUCAAAGCUUGGAGCCACUCACAAAGAGAUGCAGUCAAGACAGAUCCAGGACAAAAUAGUGUUGUCAUAAUCCACGGAAAACUAAGUAAAUACUGUUUACACAA